UUCUCCAACCGGUUGCUUGUUAUUAGAUGCUGGUAACACGUUCAGCUUUAGUGUAGCAUUAAAGUAUAACUCAACGAAUUCAGUAAAUUAUUAAGACUUCCUACUGAAGGGAGAUAACUCCGAGGUCAGCCGUUGUGAGGGUCAACAACAGGUUGUUCCAUGUGACAAAGAAGAUGGAUCUCUUAUGAUAACGUUGUACAUCUGCAAAAGUUUUAUUUCAAGCAAUGCCUGUGCACAGAGUAUUAACACCUGGUAUCAGGUUCAUCAGAACUCCUGUCUUCAAUAUCUCUAAGGAUGUCAAUUAUAUUCAACAUACAUGUCAUCGGUGUUUAGUAAAGGACAAUUCUAACACAUCGGGGGUCAGUCAAACAUCUCAAGAAAUUACCACCAAGUCAGACCAUCUUAGCAAUUCAGAAAAAGAUAAAGGAACUCACAUUAUUAGCUCUGUUUCUCAAAACGAGAGUUCCACAGAUAAAACUCGUUCAGAUUUUAUGCAGGAAUUUUAUGAGGAAAACAAAUUAAAUGAAGAUUUAGUAACAAAAGAAAAUCCUGUUUGUAAAGUAACAAAAGCUCCACCCGAUCCGCCAACAGACUGUUGUAUGAGUGGCUGUGCAAAUUGUGUUUGGAUUGCAUAUGCUGAAGAAAUGAAGGAAUUUUAUAGUGCAGAUGGUAUAGAUAAAGCCUUGAAAGAUAUCGAAACAAUUGAGGAUGUCAGUUUGAAAGCCUUUCUAAAAGUUGAACUGAGUUUCUUGAAGAAACAAUGACCCCUGUGACAUUAGUUAUUUCACAACUUUGUCAAAACAAAUAUUCUGUAGAACCUCAAAAUUUACUGUAUUCUCUGACAUACAUGUCAAUGUAUUAUAUAUUGGAAACAUGUCGUCUAAAUAUUUAAAUAUCAUCACUAGCUUUCGAAAUCCUGUUGCAUUUCACAUGGGAUUUUUGGUUCUCUGAAGUUGCUUUGGUGUAUAAGUUGGUCUACGGUUUUUUUUUUUUUUGGCUGUGAAAUUUGGUCUAAAAAAUCCGACUUGUAUACUGGAAAACAUGGUAACUCAACACACUGAAACACUGAACGAUUGUAUAGUUUAUUUUAUUUAUGGUGUAAUUAUUUCAGCUUCUUAUUUAUUAUAACUUUAUAAUUUGUAUUUAAAUGGAUGAUUGACAUAUGA